UGAACGAACGGACACAGUUGAAACGUCUUAUUCACUUCCGUGUUGCCUUUUGAAGAAAAAAAAUCAGCAAGUUAUGAUGUAGCUGACACCUGGCGAGACAAAGUUACACGUCAGGCUUUUUAUUAGUCGCUAGCUAACAUUAUAGUGUUGAAGAACAUACUGUUGAUACUGAUGGUUUACAAUCAUGUAACUAGCAAAGCGGUGUGGUACUAACUACAUAGUUAAGUUAUUAGUCAUCAGUUAAUGUUGUACUGGAGCUGAAAUUUGAGGAGCCGUGUAUGUGUUGUGUCCUGAUCACACGGGGGAGAUAACCUAAACGACAAGAGCACAGGCAUCGUUGGUGUCACCGUGACUGUCGUGAUGUCUGAGGCCAAGGCUCCCACUCCAGCAGGAGACACGUACAAAGGGUGGCUUUUCAAGUGGACAAAUUACAUCAAAGGUUACCAGCGACGGUGGUUUGUCUUGGGCAAUGGCUUGCUGUCUUAUUACAGGUCGCAGGCGGAGAUGGCGCACACGUGCCGCGGCACCAUCAACCUGGCCACGGCCCACAUCGUGGUGGAGGACUCGUGCAACUUCGUGGUCUCCAACGGCGGCGCCCAGACGUACCACCUGAAGGCCGCCUCGGAGGUGGAGCGGCAGAGCUGGAUCACGGCCCUGGAGCUGGCCAAGGCCAAGGCCAUGCGCUUGCAUACCGAGUCGGACGAUUCGGGAGACGACUACUCGACGUCCUCACCCACCCCGUUAGGAUCAGGACUGGGUGCGCGCUGUCCGGAGGUUCAGUCCACACUGCGGACCCUGGGCAGCAAGGUGGAGGACCUGAGUACCUGCAAUGACCUCAUCGCCAAGCAUGGCUCCGCCCUCCAGAGGUCCCUAUCAGAGCUGGAAGGCUUGCGCCUCGGGACCGAGACCGGGGACAGGAUUCGGCAGGUGACGGAGAGAGCGACGUUGUUUCGCAUCACGUCCAACGCCAUGAUCAAUGCGUCCCGGGACUUCCUGGGCCUGGCGCAGGCCUACAGCAGGCGCUGGCAGAAGGCGCUGCAGGCGGAGCGCGAGCAGCGGGUUCGGCUGGAGGAGACGCUGGAGCAGCUGGCCAAGCAGCACAACAACCUGGAGAGGGCCUUCCGAGGAGCCACCGUGGUCGACUCGGCCGCCAGCAGCAAGGGCUCUUCUCCUGCCAAGGGGGACAUCAGCGAUGAAGAUGAGAAUGAGUUUUUUGACGCCGUGGAGAGCGCUCCGGAGUUCAUCACUGUACCAGCUGACCCCAAGUACCAACAGAGAUCUGGCAGUAAUGCAAGUGGUUUCAGCAGCGAUAUUGGAAUGGAUGACCAGUUGCUUGACGAGCAGCCGCCGGUGUUCAGUCUGGAGUCUCCGCAGCCUCAGGAGGCGGGGCCUGUGAGAAAGAGGCGGGCUCGCAUACCCGACAAGCCAAACUACUCCCUCAACCUGUGGAGCAUCAUGAAGAACUGCAUCGGCAAGGACUUGUCCAAGAUCCCCAUGCCCGUGAACUUCAACGAGCCCAUCUCCAUGCUGCAGCGCCUCUCCGAGGACCUGGAGUACUCGGAGCUCCUGGACCGGGCCGCCAAGUGCCAGAGCUCCCUGGAGCAGCUGUGCUACGUGGCGGCCUUCUCCGUGUCCUCCUACUCCACCACCGUGCUCCGCACGGGCAAGCCCUUCAACCCCCUGCUGGGGGAGACCUACGAGCUGGACCGGCUGCGGGAGGGCGGGUACCGGUCUCUGUGCGAGCAGGUCAGCCACCACCCCCCCGCGGGAGCGCAUCACGUGAUCUCUGAGCGGGGCUGGACCCUGAGGCAGGAGAUCGCCGUCACCAGCAAGUUCAGGGGCAAAUACCUGUCUAUCAUGCCCCUAGGUACAAUUCACUGCAUAUUUGGGAAGAGUGACAAUCACUACACCUGGAAAAAGGUCACGACCACUGUUCAUAACAUCAUUGUGGGGAAGCUGUGGAUCGACCAGUCAGGAGAGAUAGACAUUGUCAAUCACAAAACGGGAGAUCGCUGCCAACUGAAGUUCGCCCCGUACAGCUACUUCUCCAGAGACGUGGCAAGGAAGGUGACGGGCGUGGUGAUGGAUAAGGGCGGGACGGCCCACUACGUUCUGUCGGGGACGUGGGACGAGAAGAUGGAGUGCUCGCGGGUCAUGCAGAGCAGCCGCGGGGGGCUGGGCGGGCCGGGGGGGGGCUCGGAGAACGGCAAACAGAGGACCGUGUACCAGACGCUCCGCGCCCGAGAGCUCUGGAGGAGGAACCCGCUCCCGGAGGGGGCGGAGACCAUGUACUACUUUUCGGCGCUGGCCCUGACCCUGAACGAGACGGAGGAGCGCGUGGCGCCCACGGACAGCCGCCUGCGGCCCGACCAGCGGCUGAUGGAGGCGGGCCGCUGGGACGAGGCCAACGCCGAGAAGCAGCGGCUGGAGGACAAGCAGCGCGGCGUGCGGCGGGAGCGGGAGCGGGAGGCCGCCCAAGCCGCCCCCGACCCCCCCGAGGACGCUUUCACUGAGGACUCCAUUACUGACUUGUCUCUGAAAAGCACCGUCCAGGACAGCCACAUACCGCUGUGGUUUGAGCGUACCAAGGACCCGGUCACCGGUGAAAGUGUGCACAUCUACAAAGGGGGUUACUGGGAAGCUAAGGAGCGGGGCAGCUGGGACGGCUGCCCUGAUCUAUUUUGAGCUGAUGGCCUCUGGAUGAGACUGGGUCUGGACAGUUACCCUCCUACCCCCCCUCCCCCCCAAGGAGCUUUCUCUUUCCACUCUGGGACCCUGAAGAGGAGAAGCUGAACAAAAUCCCCCCCCCCCCCAACAGCUGCUCAGCCCCCUCAGAUGCCCCCUUUCCACCAACGCGAACGUAGUUCUGGUUCUAGGCUGGUGCUAGUGCCGGUUCGCAGUUGGUUCAACUUGCGAACCUUCUGAGAACCGGUUUGCUUUUCCACGCGUUAGAGAGCCACGUCAUUACCUCACUGUAUACGUCUGUAUACGUCUCCGCUUUCCCAGCAACAUCGUUACCUAUUAAAAUGUAUGUCCUGUAAAAAUACAGAUAAACUGUCUAAAUGUAAAAAACCAACUUCAUAUAUUUACAUUUAGUUAUAUUAUUACAGCCUUAUUUACUAUAUCAACUUUAAGACAAGCAACACGCUCAGAAUUAUCUCAUCGCGACCCAUUGAAUCCAAUGGCACAGACGUUGCUUCAUAAUUUCAAACGGCUUUCCUAACGGCUAUUUUGCGUCCUGCGACUUGGGUUUCAACAGUGAAUAUGUACAAUUCCUAGACAUGCUGAUAGCGACCACGCUUUCUCAUAUUUACCUCAAAUACACAAGACAGGACACUUAAACACUAUGCUAGCAAAUUUAUGUCAAGUUCCAUUCAUUUAUAUUGGGUGGUCGAUACACGUCCCCUUAGCAACCUAAAGUACUGAAAAAAAUAACCACCGGAGGAUAACAAGGACAUUUUUUCCUACAUAACUAGGUACAGGUUGUUACCGAUAUUUCGCCUAUUUCAUAUAGCCUAUAGUUGCAAAUCAGUUUACGUUUUCCUGUCUGUCAAACGAAGGUGGUCGAUAAUAGGUGCUCUCACUCUACCUGGCGGUCACAAAGUUUUAGUUGGUCUUGGUUGGUCACGAUAAUCCCGCCCCCAGCCCCUGACGUAAGUGGUUCUUGGUUCUAGACCAGCCAAGUGUUGGUGCCGCUUUGGAACCAGUUUUCCUGGCUGAGAACCAGUUCUUUUGCUGUCGAAAAGCGAAGAACUGGUUCAAGAUUAGGCACCGGCUCCGAACCGGCCCUCGAAAUACCUUGGUGGAAAAGGGGUAAGAGUGAGCUGGGGUCAGUGUGUCUGACGACACCAUUUGCAAGUGAUAUGAGUUGCAUUGUGGGUAUGUUGUGCCUGGCAUGUGAUGCCUUGGUGCCAUUGCAGCUCUGGAGUUGUUGCUGGCAGAAGGGCAGUAUAUAAGAGACAGAGCAUUACAUUACACUGCAUUACAGGCAUUUAGCACAACUUCUUACAUAGCAUUUGCAUUGCGUCCAUUUGUACAGCAGGAUGUAUACUGAAGCAAUGCAGUUUAAGUACCUUGCCCAACGGUACAACGGCAGUGUCCUACCUGUGACCUUUAGGUUACAAGACCAGCACCCUUACCCAUUAGAGAGCAUUCGUGAUCAGUCCAUCAAAGAGAGGCUGAACGAACCGCUGCAUAAUUUGGAAGUUCUGCGAGUAAGUGGACGUUGCUUGCUUUAUUGAUGGGCCCCAUUAAUUAGAAUUUCAAAAUUUGCAUAAAUGCAGUGGAAACCGGUCGUGUAAUGCACUGUAUCGGUAUCUGUCCAACAGGCUCAAGAAACUGAUAAAUUACGAACAGCAUAAUAUCCCACCAACAGUCACAGGCCGAUUGACAAUAAGCUAGCACUUGUGUUGUGUGUCAGUAUUGCAGUGUAUACACGUGACCUUAAUGAGUUGCCUCAGACUAUAACAGUUGCCUCUUUGCAUUUGCUACCUGGGCGGGUAGGGAGUUGGGAGGAGGUGGUGAUCUUUGGUUAACAAAGGGGUCUCUGUCAGGGUGUCGGUGAUCGCUUUAACCGGUUUUGCACACGGCCGCCUUCUACAUGUGCCUGAAUGUAGCUGAACGUUGUGUUCUCAAACGGAGGUCAGUUUGUCACUGAAGAAAGUGUGGACCGAUGAAAGAAAGCUGCAUUGUAGAAUAUUGCUAGAUCUUUGUAGGUGUUUGAAUAUCCUGGGGCAACAGUGGGUCAUGGGUUUGCAUCCCCAUGCUUUACUAGAAGGGGCUGUCAAUAAAGGGGAUUGAUUCCGUUUAUUUGGGUCUAUGAAUAUACAUACUGUCAGGGAAUAAUUAAAAAAAAAUGUUAAGUUAUGAAAUGUUUGAUUUUUUUGUUUGUUCCAAAAACACUUAUUUUCAAGCGUACUUAAACAUCAAGAAUAGACCAAGAGACCAAGGCUGCUACUCUCAAACGAGUAUUGAAAGUCAGGUUUGUCAGAAUGUAAUGGUAAUAAUGGAGUUGAAAUAUGAAGUUUAGGGUAUCAUUUGAAAAUCAGAAGUGGUUGGUGUGGUUUCUAUUUAAUACAAAGGGAAUGUUCUUUUUCUGCAAGGGAGACAAUUGUAUGUUUUAAAACGCCAAUAUAUAAAUUGAUUUAUUUUUGUUCCGCUUGUGCUAAAGUGUUUGCUGACUUCUAUAUAAAAAAAAAAAAAAAAAAAAAAAAAAAUGAUAAUUGUAUUGGUAAGACCUGAGUAAUCCAGAUCUGAGCAAGUUGGUUACUGGUUUCUACCAAAUUGAUUCAGUGGAAGGUACUGCGGUGUGUGAAUUCUGAAAAAAAAAAAAAAAAAAAAAAAAAAGGAAAUUAAAGGGGGGAAAGCACUGUUUGAAGUUUGUUACUUUUCAUGGAGAUUUGAGAAAAUCAGCUGAUUGUAAUU